GAUUGUGAAAGCAGACACGUACGAGGAAGGAGCAGCCACUGAACUCCAUACUAACGUUAGUAUAGAGUUCACUGGGAGCAGCAUGUUGCCUCUUGUCUGUGAAAAUCAAGGAGGUUAAAAUGAAAAGCUGAGAUUGAAGAUGGACAACUAUAGCGUGGAAGGGCGUGUGGGUGAAGGAGCCCAUGGUCUAGUUCUCAUGGCAAAGCAUCUUCCUACAGGAAAGCAAGUUGCUCUCAAAAAAGUGCUCUUGAAGAAAAUUGAUGAUGGCAUCCCAAAUUCCGUCGUCAGAGAAAUUAAAGCUCUGCAAGAAUUAGACUGUAAAUUUGUAAUGAAACUGCUGGAUUUCUUCCCACAUGGCAUGGGCUUCAUUCUGGUGUUUGACUUCAUGCCUUCCGGACUAUGGGAAAUGAUUCAUGACAUGGAUAAUAAACUAGAAGAAGGCCAGAUCAAAUCCUACAUGCAAAUGCUACUGAAAGGUGUGGAGUAUCUGCACAAUCAUUCAAUAAUGCAUAGAGAUCUGAAGCCAGCCAACCUAUUGGUGAGUGCGAAUGGCAUUCUGCGCAUAGCCGACCUGGGUCUGAGUCGCGUGGUGUGGCCGACAGCCAAUAGGACGCGGCCUUACAGCCACCAGGUGGCCACUCGCUGGUACCGGGCACCCGAACUGCUCUAUGGUGCGCGCACCUACUCCUAUGCCAUCGACCUCUGGGCUGUCGGAUGUAUUCUUGCCGAACUCAACAAUUCCUCUCCCCUCUUUCCGGGAGAGACUGACAUAGAUCAGCUUGCUAUAGUGUUGCGGGGCCUUGGCACACCAACCGAAUCCAUUUGGCCGGGACUCACCAAUCUGCCCGAUUACAACAAGAUAUCGUUUCCACCGGCGAGGCCUCUUCCCUGGUCUACCCUCCUUCCCGACUCGUCUCCUGUCCUCGUCGAUCUUGCGAAACACCUACUCGUCUAUGAUGCUGACAAAAGGCUAACUGCUAGCCAGGCUCUGGAGCACUGCUACCUCUUCACAGCUCCUCUGCCUGUUCCGUUGAGUGAAAUGCCUCAUCCUCCAUCAGACCAUCGUCAAAGGCUGAAAACAAGAGAAAUAUCAUCUUAUUCAGUUGACGAACCAAUGUCAAACGACUUGAAAACCCUACAACUUUAUUUGAGUGAUUGAUAUUAUGGAUUAUUGAUGUGUAAGGUUAUAGAGAAGCAAGUGCAUAUAACUCAUUUUCCAGUGUGGAUUGUAAUCUACUUUAUGGGAUUCUCCUACUAUUUAUCGUUCAUUGUAAUUUCUACUUCUACUAGUUUAAUAACUGGAAUCGAGACUAGACUGUUUGAGAAUGAGUGUUCACGUUUUGUUUGUGGGGUUAAAGAGUAUCAUUUUCUAAUCUAGUAAGAAUUUAAUGAAUUCAUUCAUCCCAAUAGACUCAACUAAUAUUGGUGUUGGUUCUUCAUUAAACUUAAAUUAGUUAAAUCUAAAUCACCUUCUUAUUUGAUUACGUGGCAAAGUUUGGACAGUAAUGUCCACUCUACCACUCAACGACAAAGUUAGUAGAAAAUCCAAAUACAAUACAAAAGAUACAGAGAUAAUAAUAAAACAGAAGCAAAAAGGACACUAAAAUGUUAUAAAUAUGAGAGUACAAUGCAAAAAGAAAAUGAAGAGUCUUCCAAAAAACUAAAUCACUUCACUUUUGGAAGAGAAGGCAAAAUAUAUAUGUAAUGAAAUGGAUUGAGUAGACAGGCUAAUUAAGGAAAUUAAUGAAUCACAUCAGUAUAAGAAUUACAAUAGAAAAAUGAAUAUGUUCAUUUCAAAUGAAAAGUGAGUACGGUAUGGAUGAAGAAAAACCCUAUGUAAUGUGUGAUAACAUUGGGCCGAUAAUUUUCUCACACCUUGCUUGAACAAUGGCCUGACCUUGGCAAUCUUGAGCAGAUCUGGAAAUUUACCAGCUUCAAGUGCAUUACCGGUAUUUAUUAUGCAAACAAGAGGAUCUACUAUUACAUUACUACAUUCUUUGAUAGCAUUUACUGGAUUACUAUUAGGUAACCCGUGCUUCGCAAGGGUCUAUAUUGAAAAUUUGCAAACUGAAAACUUAUUUUAUUGUGAUCUAUUUAUGUUUUUCUUAUGAUAUUCAAUUAUAGGCCUACAGCAUGAAGACUAUGUUCAUUUCACUUGUACUGGUGGCAAAAUUUUACAUUAAAAAUAAUUAUUUGAUGAAA